AUGUUUGAAAUACUUCUUUUGACACUCUCAAUUACAGCCACAGUUGAAGCUACUUGCGGUGACUCUGUUCGUGUUGCGUGUAUUCAGGUAUCCAAUGGAGAUGCAAAUAAACUACGCAAUUGUUUAUAUGCUAAUAAUUCAAUAAGAUCACAUAUUUGUAUGCAGACAAAGAGAGCUCUGUUUUAUAAAAAUAGAACAUUUAAUAGUGAACCUUUUGUUGUAGAACAACAAUUUUCUUAUUCAGCUGGUUUGCUCCAGCGACAGCGUUACAAAUCAGUAAUUGUAGAAGAUGGCGUCUAUCUCCUUGCUUUUGAAAUAAAGGAUCCUGUUCACGUCAAGAAAUAUAAAGAUAUUGGUCAUCACACCCUUCUCUUACCAGGAAGAUACAGUGAUUUGCUCUCACUAGGUGAUUUCUCGCAAUUCAGAGUUGUCCCAGAAAAUUGCACUCAUUCCAUCGAUAUUGGUUUAAAUAUUAUUAGCAAUAUCAACAGUAGCAAUAUUAAUUUUAUUCAUGAAGAAGAAGAUAGCAAUAAUAAUAUUUACAAUCAAAUAUCACAAGAACAACAAUAUAAUAAGAAUAAUAAUAGUAGUAAAAAUAAUUUUUUGUUAACACUCACUGAUAUUAAACAAAUAGAUAUUUUUACAGGUGGUAACAAUAGUAGUAGUGCCAACGAUCGUUUUAAUUUUCAAGCAUCACAGCUUAGCGGAUUGAAACAAUGUGAUAUCCCAAGACAUUGUAAUUCAACCAAUAGAAAUGAAGCCAUUUUAAAAUUUUGCAUCUCCGAAGGAAAUACCGAGAUUGAAAAAGGCACAUUGCUAAUUAAGCUAAACGAAAACAAUGGAUUCUACUCAGUUACUGCAACAAGUGAUAACCAAUUUCCUAAACAGUUUGACAUUCAACAGAUUGGUCGUUCAAAGUUUAUAUUUCAAUAUAAACAAAACCCCAAACCCCAAACAACAUCAAUUACUAAUUAA